AUGUCGUCAACACCCGGCAGCCAGACGUCUUGGCAUCGCUUGCCCACAGAGAUUCGGCACCAGAUCCUGCAAUCCUUGCUAGGGCAAGACGGUUGUCGCCAGGCUCCCUAUGCCACCGUAUCACGAGAAUGGCAGGCAAUCGUCGAGACGCACACAUUUGCCCGGAUUAGGCUGACGCCGUCUCGCAUCGACGAGUUUGAAUCAAUGGUCCACCGCAAUAGGGCUCUCGUACGAUACAUAUGGCUGUGCUUGGAACUCAUGGAAUAUGACUGCUUUAUGUGCGCGCCUAUGGAUCCGGUAUUACGAGAGUUCCGUAACACGGACAGCUAUAUGAUCAUGGUAGCAUUGCUCGAUGUCUUCUCGGUUCUCAGCACUUGGGAACCACAGGGCAGCCUGCAGCUGGAUAUCAGCGUUUACUCCCCCAGCGAUUCAGAGCACUGGUUCAAGUAUCUGACAUUCGAACCCGACGAACCUUCCAACGAGUACAAUCGGCUUCGACGAAGAGACUUGGAGCGAUCAAUAACGCAUAACUGUGAAGACUGGCAGCACGGUUGGCGUGGUGGUCGGCGACGUUUUGCCCCAGAUAGAUGGGCCAUCCACAAGAUUUUCAACAGGUUCAUGGGCAAUGGGCCUUUCUCGGAAGACGAACAAGAAGAAGAGUAUUGGCGGCAGCUACCCUUGGCCCCAGCAGUAAAGAGUGUGCUUCUUCGCCAGCAGAACCGUCGACGAUGGAACCCGACGGCGCUGGCAGGCAUAUUUGCCCGUCUUCCGGGUCUCCUGGAUGUUCACUACGAGCCUUGGAGAGAAUGGUCUCAUGCACAGCAGAUCCCGACGGAUGAAAGCAUGCGAUCGCUACUCGAAUCCCUCGCUUCUAGCCAAGUACGGCGACUCAUACUCUUUGAGAACUCCUGUUCGCAGUACUUGCUUGAUUUCCCGUUUCUCGAUACUGACCGAGGCUCAACCCUCGUUGUCAGCCGGGCCAUCGCCAGUGCCAGUCUCGUGCUUGAGCACCUCGCAGCAUCGUUCAUGGUGGACGCUAGCGAUUUCUUUGAAGCCCGCGAGCCUUCCUGGAGGUGGCUCAACUUGACUUGGCUGGCGCUGACUUCACGAUUGCUAACUCCCGAUCAGGAUGCUGAGAAGGUGGAUGAGAUGCUCUGCGCAGCAGCAGCGGCGGCCAUGACUAUGCCAAACCUUGAGACAAUGGAGUUGUGGAAUGGAUCAGAAGGGUUGGCCAUGGUCUUUAAGUACCAGAGAGCCCGAGAGAGGGAACCGGCUGUGAUUACAACAAGGGGAACAUGGGACUUCGCCUUGUGUCCUGAGGUCGUCGAUGCUUGGGAAGUCGUCGCAAAGAAUCAUUGUUGCGAAGGAUGCACGAUUGAGAAGGAGUUGCUGAAUGCUGCUGCUGUCACUUCCACCGGUGAUGCAAUACACUAUCUGAGGCUUUCCCACCCGGUGAUUCGGCCUAUUUCGCUGGAGCAGAUUCGGAUGGAGAGAGGAUUCGUGACGGAGUGCAUGCCGUGA